UAUGAAGGCCAGGCUCAGCUCAUCUCAAGCAAAUAGAAAGGCAUGGAGAUGAAUGCCCUGCACGCAGUGAUAGUACCUUACCCUGCGCAAGGCACUAUCAAUCCUCUCCUCAAUUUGGCUCACCUCCUCUCUUCAAGAGGGGUUUUCAUCACCUUCAUCAACACUGAGUGGAGUCACAGGUGCAUGUCCAAAGCAGCUGAUAAAGAUAAUGAUGAUCACAACUCCACCUCCACAUUCAGGUUUCUCAGCAUUCCAGAUGGGUUGCCGCCAGAUCGUGGUCGUCUCUCCAAUCCUGCCGAGCGCGUAAUCGCGAUAGAAAAUCUUGGCCCAGUGUUGGAGCAUCAUCUGCGAUGCGGCUUACCGGAGGGAACUCCUCCCAUCACUUGCAUUAUAGCAGAAUCUUUUAUGUCUUGCACUCUUCAAGUAGCCAACAACAUGGGAGUGCCCCGAGUGAUCUUCUGGCCGAUGUGCGCCGCCUCUUCUAUUGCUCAGUGCAACUCCAACCUUCUCCUCUCCCGCGGACAUAUUCCUGUCAAAGUCGAGGAAUCGAAGAGGGCGGAUAAAGUGAUCACUUGCUUGCCCGGUAAUCUUCCGCCUCUGUUGCCGAGUGACCUGUGUUCCUUCUAUCGCACUACCGAUACAUCGGACUUUUACUUCCAGUGGUUUCUGCGUGAGUCUCAAUUCCAAAGUAAGGCAGACUAUGUGCUGGUCAACACGUUCGAUGAGUUGGAAGCCCCUCAAACUGUAAGCGCGCUGUCCUGUAAUGGCUGCCCUGCUUUGGCAGUAGGGCCUGUAUUUCUUCCCAAUUUCCUGGAAGGAAAAGAUGUGAGCAAGCAAGCGAGUCUUUUGGAGCAGGACGAGAGCUGUCUGAAAUGGCUGGACACCCAACAGCCAGAAUCUGUGAUCUAUGUUUCCUUCGGCAGCCUCGCCGUUUUAUCGAACGAGCAGCUGGAGGAGUUGGCAGUGGGGCUGGAGAAGAGCGAGCACCCUUUUCUGUGGGUUCUGCGAAUGGAUAUUGCGGGAGGUACGCCUGCAACUCUGCCGGAGGGUUUUGAAGAGAGGACCAAGGAUCGGGGAGUGAUUGUGAAAUGGGCGCCUCAGGUGAAGGUUUUGUCUCACACUUCCGUAGGAGGGUUUCUCACCCACUGCGGGUGGAACUCGACUUUGGAGAGCAUGAGCAUGGGAAUUCCAAUGCUUGGAUGGCCCCAUUUCUCUGACCAGUUUCUGGACUGCCGUUUCUGCAAGGAUGUGUGGAAAAUUGGCAUUGACUUGGAAGGCGUGGACGCUGGUGAAAAUGUGGUGGUUAGAAGGGAGGAGAUAGAGAAAGGCGUGAGGAGACUAAUGGAGGGUAAGGAAGCGGAGGAGCUCAGAAAAAGGGGCAUGGAGUUGAAAGAGGCGACAUUUAAAGCGGCUGGUGAAAAUGUGGUGGUUAGAAGGGAGGAGAUAGAGAAAGGCGUGAGGAGACUAAUGGAGGGUAAGGAAGCGGAGGAGCUGAGAAAAAGGAGCAUGGAGUUGAAAGAGGCGGCAUUUAAAGCGGUUGGGGAGGGAGGUUCUUCCUUUCUCAAUCUGAACAGGUUUAUUCAAGACAUGAUGCAACUUCCAAAUGGAGAACUGUAGAAAUGCCCAAACCGUAAAACCAUUACAAGCUUAUGCUUACGUGAUGUGGUUUUUUGUGUUUGUUUUAUUUUCAUUUUACACCCCUUCCAUGUGUUUAUAUUUACAUGUUCCAUAAAUUGUGAUGUGUUUCAAUUUCUUCUA